AUGAAAAAUAUUUACGCUGAAGCAGUAACGACACCGAACAACUUUGUUUCCGUUACUGGUUUGACACCAAUAACAUUUGAAGAAGUCUACCAACAAUUCUAUGCAGUAGCGACUGAACGAUUAUACACAACAUCGCGUCGACCUCAUUUACGUUUAGUCGAUAGGAAUCUUCUAUUUUUAAUAAUCCAUUGGCUACGAUGUUAUCCGACGUAUUCGCAAUUGAGUUUAUUAUUUGGUGUCAGCCCCGGUCAAAUCAGCCGUCACAUACGUGGUUUUUUACCGGAUCUCGAACAGUCAUUAAAGUCAGAAAUUAAAUGGCCAUCAUUAAUUGAGUUUGAACAACAAGUUGCACGGCAUCCAACGAUUGGUAAUUUUAUCGGUUCGAUUGAUGACACGCGACACA